AUGGGAGAGAGGUAACUAGGAGAUCAAAAAACUGCUUGCUUCUCCUUUUUGGCUAGCCGUAACAACCGUUAACUCAGCCAAUCCCCAGCACAGGUUGACGCUGGCGGAGAGUCGGUCUUCUUGGUGGAAGGUCCCCCCACCAAGGGGACGUUUGAAAAAUGCUUGACAGAAGAUGGCCUUCUGAAACUGCUCCUAGAAUUCUUUAUCAGCUGUGAAAUUGGCGUUGGUUAAAAAAAGGGGACUUUAGGCUUGGGAAUCUCACCGAUAAAUUGCCGUGAGCAAAAAAAGUUUUUGAUAUCCAAAAUUACGUUCUCUCUAAAGGGCGACUUCCUACAAAUGUAAUAACUGAUCACAAUUUCAGAAGAGAACCGUGUCACUCAUGCCUAUAUAAUGCCUGCCUUCCUCAACAACCUGCCUGACCAUUAUUACUCAACCUUAUUCAAAUUAAAAUUAAUUCAAUUUGGCGGAGAAAGAAUCAGCCCCAGGUUUAUUGAAAAGGCCCUAAACAGCAAUCCAGACUGUAAGUUUUGUCAAUUAUUUGGAUUCACAGAACACGCCAUUUAUUCAAAUUAUCAAUGGAUCAACGAUAUUUCGGAUAUUGAUUAUGUUGGAAUGCCUUUUGCGAACACUUCUGUCAAAUGUCUGGAUAAUCGAUAUCAAAAAGUGGAUUACAAUCAGAUCGGAUUCUUGUUUACAGCUGGAAUCGGAUUAAGUGAAGCCGGUCAAAGUGGAAAUUAUAUUAAUUUAGAUGGGGAAUGGGUCUACAGGACUGGGGAUCUGUGCGAAUUCACAAUUAAAGGUGUAAAAUUUACUGGAAGAAGCGACGACUGCGAAAAAGUGAGAGGUCACAUGAUAAACCCAACAGAUAUUGAUAAAACCAUCGAAAAAAGCGGGCUUUGUCAUCAAAAUGUUACCGUAAUCUGCGAAGAAAGGGGAGAGAAUCUGAUUGUGAGUUAUUUGAAAUUGAAAAGUAAUCGAACAAUAGAAGAAAUGAGGAGAUAUCUGCAGAAAUCACUUAAAACGUAUAUGAUUCCAAGCUAUAUCAUUCAAAUUCAGGAGUUUUUGUUGAAUUCUAAUGGAAAGGUCGACAAAAAAUGGCUGAAAAACAACUUUAAAGAGUACUUGAAGGAAAGGAGGCCCGAUUUAAAUGACUCCGAAGACGUGUUUUUAUCAAUUUUCCAGGAAAUUUUUGGCGAUAACAUUAAAUACGACAGUAAUUUAUACAAUUAUGGAGUGGAUUCGCUGAAAUUAUUGAAUCUCAUGCAUCGAUUAGAAGAGAAACUGGAUUUAAAAUUUGAUUUCAAACAAAUUAUGGGGGUAAAAACUCCCAGGCAAUUAAAAAAUUGUUUGGAAAUUGACCAAAGAGUAGAGCCAACCUACAAUCAGGAGCAUAUCUGGCUGCUGAGGGAUCUAAAUCCGGAGAUUUUGGAUUAUUAUUGGGUUACUGUAACGUUAAAAUUUAAUGAAAUAAUUGAUCAGGAGAAGUUUAUCAAGGUCAUUGAUGCGAUUGUUGAGGGAAACGAGAGUCUAAAGUAUACCGUAACAAUCGAUGAAAAGGGACUUUUUUUGAAGAAGAUUGAGGAUUCUGAAGACAAAUUGGUCAAAUGGAGAUUCAUUGACGAGAAAAGAGUCCAAAUUCAAGUGGAUCACAUGGCUAUUGAUGGAUUUUCAUUGGGAAUUUUGACAAAAUUACUGGCGGAAAAUUACAAAAGUAAAAAAAUCAAAAAGAUUUCCGCUCCCUCCUUCCUACAGUAUGCCAAGAGAAUUCGGAAAAAGGACAUGACAGAUUCCAGAGACUACUGGAUAAACAGACUAAAACCGGUCAUUUCAAAAAGAUUGCCAGUGCAAUUUGCGAGUAAUUCCACCCCCAAAUACUCCAUUUUUUACGAGAAAUUCAAAUUGCGUUCAGUUGAAGGCUGCACAAUCUUCCAGACAAUUAUAGCUGCGAUGAUAAAACAGAUUCAUUUAGAGAGUAAUCAAGACGAAUUUAUCGUCGGAAUCCCCGUUUUAAAUCGAGAAAAAGAUGAAAUGGAACUAAUCGGAUAUCUGGCCAACACUCUGCCCAUUGUUUUUCGAUACUUUGAGGACCCAGAAAAGAUGAUAAAAGACAUCAAAGAGACCAUGGCCAAUCUCAGAAACCACUCGGAAUACCCAAUACAAUUACUAAAACGGGAUUUAAAUUUAAAAUCAGAUGAGAUUAUCCAGAGAAUGGUCUCAUUUGAAGAUUUCCAUUUAACACAGGUUCAAGAUUUCUUUUCAAUUGAAGAAGGGGAAAAUAAUUAUUUGAAAUUCGAGGAAUGCUGGUACUUCUGGAUCGAAGAUGACGAAUUAAGAUUGAAAUUGGAAUAUGAUGGAAGUAAAUUUAGCGUAACUUAUAUUGAAAAUCAAAUUAAGACGUUCAGACAAGCCUUGAAUCAAAAUAAAAUUGAAAAAUCCACCAGUUCUGAUGAUCAUGAUGAUUUAGAAGCCAGUAUUUAUUAUGAAGCCAGUUCGAAUCCAAUCGAAGAACAGAGCUCUCAAAUCCUCUCAGAAAUUCUCAAAAUAUACAGAGAUGAAUUAAAUAGCAACAACUUUACAAUCACCGACAACUUUUUUGAUUUUGGAGGCCAUUCUUUGACAGCCUCCAAGAUCUCCAAUAAAAUACGGAAAAACCUUGUCUUAAAAUGCCCAACCAAGUUUAUUUUUGAAUUCCAGACAGUGAGAGAGCUGGCUGAGAGAUUAUUGAUGCAAAAACAAAUGAAAGAGAUAUCUUUCCUGGAGAAAACUUUGCUCAAAAGUAUUCAGAGAGCGUCUCCAUCCGUCAAAAACGCGUAUUUUCAUCGAAUUCAAGUGGAAAUUACUGAUUUUAAAGUGGCCAAGGAGAGAAUUCUCAAGCUAAUCAACUCUCAAGAGAUCCUUAGGAGUGAAUUUAUAAGGAAUGACGAUGAUUUUAAAGUGAUCGUGCAUCCCGAAAUCAACGAAAUCUCAUUUCCUUAUAAAGUUAAAAGUCCUGAUUUGGGUCUGGAGACUGUAAACAUUGCUGUAGAAGAUGAUAAAUUACACAUUAAGAUCCAUCAUAUCUGCGCUGAUGGGUAUUCCAUGAAAAUAAUGGAGAAAAUUUUAUUAAAUCUUCCAAUAAAUGGUCAUAAAAUUGAUGAUUUGAGGAGAAAAUUAAACAAAAAAUACAAAGAAAAUCAGGAAAACUGUCAAAAAUUUUGGGAAAGUGAGAUUGGAGAUCCGGGAAAAGAUUUAUUCAAGGAUAAUCCGAAAACAAAAAUUACAAGAAAUAUUUCGAUCAAUUUAGACAAAGAAAGCCUCAUACAGAGACUGAAGAAGGAGAAGAUUUCCUAUAACACACUCUUUUUACACUCUCUCCACCAAACUUUAUCACACUGGAAGAUAAAUUCAGAUGAUCUCCUGUACAUUUGCAUGGUAAAAGACUGCAGAAGUGACGACUCAUUCGAUUUCAUGGGAAAUUUUAUUCAAAUAUUACCCAUAAAAAAUACAAAAAGUAUAAAUCAGAUGAACGAGAAGAUCGAGGAAGCAGAAAAUCACCUUUAUUUUGAUAUUGUAGAUUAUUUAACAGCCAAAAAUGUGAAUUCGGAAGUGAUGUUAGUAUUCGGCGACGAGAAAAUUGAUGGAGAACAUGAUGCCAAAUAUCCGAUGACAUUUUUUGUGGCGUUGCUGGAUGACAAGAUCACAAUUGAUUGUGUUUUUAUGGAUUUUUGGAACGAGGACACUGUAUACUCAAUCUUAAAAACUCUACAAUGUUAUCUACAACAACAAGACCUUGCCCCAGUUCCACACAAAGAAGAUAAGUUUGAUCUGGUCGAUCCGAUUUUUCAAAUUAUCAAUAAAUGCAGGGAAUAUCCAGCGAAAAUUGCACUAAGAUCACCGUCGUAUACUGUAACGUAUCAAGAACUUUACAGAAAAAUAAUAGAGAUAUCCGCAAACAUCAAACGUCAUUUUAUUCAAACUUAUGGCCAGAAUUUGACUGCGGAUACUGUAAUCUGCAUCAUGACCGAGAAUCGACUGGACGGGAUUCUAGCCUUGCUGGCUACCGUACUUUCCGGCGCGGCUUAUCUGUUCGUGGAUCCAGAGACCCCGGAAUAUCGAUUAAAUCGGAUAAUUGAGACCUCGAACGGCCGUAUUUUAAUAUCCACGAGACCCAUCAAUCAUCCCAAAUUUGUUAAUUAUCAUGAUUUAAUUGGAGGGACCCAUCAAACCACGGAUUGUCAUACCUUUUUAUCUGAUCUUUGUUAUGUAAUCUAUACAUCCGGAUCAACUGGAUCACCCAAGGCGGUGGCCAUCGAGAGAAAAUCAUUGGCCAACACUUUAAUCGAUGCCACGGAGUUUAUGAGCGUCGAUUCUAACAGCACUCUACUGCAAUUCACAAAACUUUGCUUUGAUAAUUCAGUCUUGGAGAUCUUCUUGGCCCUGACUAAUGGCUCUACCUUAUUUAUUUACGAGGAAAUCUUCAGUUCUGAGCUGUUUGCAGAGUAUCUGACCAAGUAUAAUAUCACCCACGCCUUUCUGUUCCCUGGCCUUGUCUCCUCUUUUGAUGAAAGUCAGAUUAAAUCCAUGGCUUGCUUGGAUUAUUGGAUUGUCGGAGCUGAGCCGUUAUCUCAAAAACUGUUGGAUCAAGCCUUGAAGUGUAAUAUAAAUAUAAUUCAAAAUUAUGGCCCCACGGAAACGACCUGUUACUCCCUGAGAAAGGUGAUGAAAGCGGGAGAUGAGAGCAAUAAUCUAGGCUCUUCUGUGAUAAACACUCAAUGUUUGGUCAUGAAUAAUAUCAAGUCUAAUAUCAAUGAUGGCAAUUCUAAUGUCCUUAAUAUUGAUUCGAAAGCCACCGACUUUGUUUCCAAUGUUCCUGCCCUCUCCGCACCUCGCCAACUCCUAAUCGGGGGGUCAGGGAUCAUGCGCGGAUAUCUGGGGACACAAGAUAAGCCUUUUGUCAUCGUAAACGGGAACAAGUGAGUGACAGCCUUGUCUUUCUUGAUUUAUAACGCUUCAUGUUUUCAGGUAUUACAAGAGCGGAGAUAUGGUUCGAUUAACCGAGAAAGGGGACAUCUUAUUUUGUGGUCGAAUGGACUCUCAGAUUAAAGUCCGAGGAUUCAGAGUCGACCUUCUGGAGAUCGAGAAGACCAUCAAUCAGAUCAAGGGAAUUUCGGAUGUAAAAGUACUGGUGAUCGACGAUAAUAUCUAUGCAUAUUACGUCUCAAAUGAAGUCAUAUUACCCGCAGAUAUCAAGGAUUACUGCAAGCGAAGACUGGCUUCUUAUGCGAUCCCUGGAAGAUAUGUAAAAGUGGCUUUGAUGCCAUUAACUCCGAACAAUAAAGUGGACAAAGAGAAGCUGAAAAUGAUGGAUACUCAAGGUAAUAAUCGACCGAUACUGACGGAAAAAGACGAAAGAUUACCUCACGAAAAAGGUAAAAUGGAAGAAAUAGGGUCAAAGAGGGCUAUUCGAAGGAUUUGGGGGGAAAUACUGGGAUAUGAUGACAUUAGAGAUGACGAUGACUUUUUCGAAGUUGGAGCCAAUUCUUUAACCGCUACUAAGUUGCUAAAUAAGCUCAAAGAUAUUCGUAUUCACAUCUCAUUCGAAGAUUUUAUCCAAGAUCCUACUGUAAAUGGGAUAUACAGUAAUCAGAAAAUUAAUAAUACUGUAAAUAGCUACACCAAUCAAAACUUUGGACUUUUGAGUUAUCAACAAGAGCAAAUCUACUUCCUCAACUUGUUGAAUGACGAGUAUAAUGUCCUCUUUGUUCAGAUAUUCACCCAUGAAUUGGAUGUAAAGAGAUUACAAGGAGCUAUUAACAGAGUCAUAAAUAAAAACAAAAUUCUGAGGACAAAAUAUACUGUCAAUGAUGACAUGCCGGAGCAAAUUGUUGUAGAAAAUACAGUGAACUUGGAAGUAGAAGAAUGCAAAAACGAUGACAUCCGAGAAGUGGUAAAGAAAUUUGGAAAAAGUAAAUUGAAAAUGGAAGAUAUCCCCAUCAAAAUCAAAAUAUUUAAAAGCGAAGACAAAUAUUAUCUAUUACUGUUGAUGAAUCACAUUGCCACUGACGCUACAUCAACUAAAUUAUUGGAGGGAAAGAUGAGUGACGAGUUUAAUGGAAUUAGCAGUCGCUUACCGGACUUGGAUUACAUUGAUUGGGCUCAGAAUGAGAGGAAAAAGGAGGGAAAGUAUAAGCAAAUGAUGACAGAAUUCAAAGAUUAUUAUAAUUCUAUAAAGACCGAUGCCUUUAGAGAUAAUAAAUUGGAAAAUACGAAAUGGAUCAGGUUCCAGAGGUCGUACAAGUGCAGUAAUAGUAAUAUCUUCCCACUAAUACUUACUCUGAUAUCCAAGAGUUUUAAAGCAAUGUCAGACAGACCCACCAAGAUGAUCAUCGGCUCUCCUUAUCACAAUCGAAGCCCAGAGACCGCACAAACUCUCGGGAACUUUCUCAACAACCUGAUUAUACUCGCUGAAUACGACCCGAACAAAAGUUUUGAUGAGAAUCUUGGGAUAAACAAGGAUAAUAUAAGAAGGGCAAUGAAGUUCGCCUCGCUUCCGUUCUCCUUCCUCAAACAGGUGGACCCGUUUAACGAGCUCUUCCAGGUUUAUGUCAACUGCAGGUAUGAUCUGGAAGAAGAAGCAUCCCUGAAGAUGGAUUGCGCAAUCCAAGGGGGAAUCUCCUUAAUUGAUCCCAUUAAACACUUCCCGGUCGAAUGUCAUAUUGACCAGAGAAGAGGCCAAAUUCAAGUGGAAUGGCUUAUACCCGAUGAUCGGAAAGGGAUUGUAGAAAAAUUUAAUGAGCAAUUUAAAAAAUAUUUGAAACAAAAUUUGAAGGAAAAGGCCAGAAAAAUAUUCGGAGAGCUACUCGGGAGUCAUAGCUUUACAGAUGGUCAACAGUUCUUUGAACUUGGAGGGAAUUCUCUUCAAUUAAUCAGACUGAAACAUCAAGUCAGAAGAGAAAUGGGCAUUGAUAUUGAUUUGAAUCGAAUUAUCCGAGAUUGUUCAGUAAAUUCGAUUUUGUCGGUUGGCUAUAAAGAUCUCGUCAAAGUGUUGAACAAAGGGCACAACAACGUUUUGAUCUUGUUUCCUUCGAUAAUUGGAUCGUUUUGCUAUCAAAAACUCACUCAGAAACUUCUUCAGAAUUCUCCAGAGCUUACUGUAAUAUUGAUUGAACUCGAUGAUGACAUUCCGACAACCCUUGCAGAUUUGGCACAACAAAAUGCCGAUCUGAUUUCCAAUUGUUUUUCCAAAUUUGAGCCCAUCAAUCUAAAUCUGGCUGGAUUUUCAUUCGGUGCAAUUUUGGCCUUCGAAACUGGCCAAAGACUCGAUUUCAAAUUCAAAAAUUUAAUCUCGAUCGAUGGAAUUGCCAAUUCUGGAGUCGUCAAUGCAGAUAUCACCUUUGAAGGCCAUAAAAAUCAUAUGAGAUCAGUCGCCUCAAAUUUUGGAAUAUCUGAUUCCAUUGAAAAUUUGAUCAAUCGUAGCUGGGACCUCUUAAAUUUGGCAAAGAGAUACGAAAUCCCAUUAAAUGUUGUCCCAAACUUUGAUCGAUUGGAGAUUAUCAGAACAGAAAGGAAGGAUUAUGGCUGGCCCUUCAUGGAUACUAUCACUUAUGGGGUGAGGACGCUCUCUUCGAGCCAUGCGGAUCUUCUGGGCUCCCAUCACGAGGAGGUGGCCUUCAUUAUUCAAAAACUUUUUUGA